AUGAAAUUGUUAAAUUUUUUUGCGUUCCUGUUACUUAUCGUUAGGAUUUACGCUCAUGAAGCGUCUCCCAACAGUAACGUUGUCGUAUUGACACCAGAUACUUUUGAUCAAACAAUCGGAAAAGGAAAAUUUGCGCUUGUAGAAUUCUAUGCGCCGUGGUGCGGUCAUUGUAAAAAUUUAGCACCAGAACUUGCAGAUGCUUUUUCACAUGCCAAAGAUCGUGUGAUUAUAGCUAACGUUAACGCAGAUGAAUACCGUGAUUUGGGAACUCGUUUCGGAGUUAGUGGUUUCCCUACUUUAAAAUGGUUCGGCCAAAAUGAAUUGGAUAGUCCCUCGGAUUACAGUAGCGGUCGUAGCUUAGAAAACUUAGUCGCUUUUAUCGAAGAAAAGACUGGCAUAAAAUCUAGAAUAAAAAAACCAGUCACUCAUGUAGAAGUACUUACUUCACAAACAUUCAACAAGAUCGCUUUGGAUCCAGAAAAAAACGUAUUGGUCGCAGAAGAUUUUUCCCAAGAGUCAGACUGCGUUGUUGCUAAUAUUGAAGUACCUGAAAACAAAGAUAUUGGUGACAAAUACCAAGUUUCUGGCUAUCCUACAAUAAAAUUUUUCCCAAAAGGUGAAGACAAAACACCAAUUGAUUACUCAGGCGAAAGGACUGAAGAAUCUUUUGUUAAAUUCUUGAAUGAAAAAUGCGGAAAACACCGACUUGUUGGUGGUUCAUUGUCAGAAGAGGCUGGUAAAAUUCCUGAAUUGGAUGCUUUGGUAGUAAAAUUCAAUAGUGCUUCUGGAAAAACCGAAAUUGACAAGAUUAUCGUAGAAUCCCAAGCAAUUGCUGAAAAAUUAAAUACUCGACCGGCACAAUAUUACGUCAAAAUCAUGAAUAAAAUUGCAGAAAAGGGUGAUUAUGCUGAAACCGAACUCGCCAGAUUAGACAAAAUACUCAAAUCUGGUACAAUUUCUGGCAAUAAAAUUGAUGAUUUCACAAUUCGCAAGAACAUUUUGUCGGGGUUAUUCCUUCUGUCAAUAACAAUGUUUAUUGGGUCAUUUCUUUCAGGAAGUAUCCCAUUAGCAUUUCACUUGUCUGAAGAUAGAUUACGAACAAUUUCAGUGUUUGGCGUUGGUCUUUUAGUUGGUGCAGCGCUGAUCGUCAUCAUACCUGAAGGAAUCGAAACAUUGUAUAGUGUACAAAAGGACGAUCACAACAGCUUAUCGUAUAUAAAUAUUGCUGACGAUACUCUCGAAAAACGUAGCUGGUGGGACAAUAAAUUAAAACGUAGUGAAUUAAAUUUAGAUAAUAUAUCAAAUAAACGAGACGAAGGUGAUGACAAACUAGACCCUCCUAAUGAUGACGAUCCAAAUAAUCCUCCGGAUUCAGAUCAUGACCAUGAGAAAGAAAGUAUAAAUCAUCUUUAUGUUGGCGUUGCUUUAAUAACAGGAUUUGCGAUAAUGUUCAUAAUUGAUCAAAUAGACACUUCACAUGGUCAUUCUCAUACCCGUGUUAGCGUUGUCAGUGUUACAGAGCUUCGUUCAUUAGCAAAUAGUAGUGAGAGAGAUGAUGAUUCACAUGAGAUAGUGGGGUCUUCAACUAUACAUAAGAAACCCGUAUCUGCUACGAUUGGACUUGUAAUACAUGCCGCAGCUGAUGGAAUUGCUCUUGGUGCAUCUGCAAGAGAACCAACAUUAGAGUUUAUUGUAUUUUUGGCAAUAAUGCUUCAUAAAGCACCGGCAGCUUUUGGAUUAUCUACAGUUUUAUUACGUGAUGGAUAUAACCGUCGACAGAUUCGAAAACAUUUGGUCAUUUUUUCUUUAGCUGCACCAUUUUCAGCAUUGUUAACAUAUAUAUUCCUUCAAAGAAAUGGUGAAUUAGAUCCCGUUGGAAUGAAAUGGUGGACUGCAAUGUUAUUGCUCUUUUCAGGAGGUUCAUUUUUGUACGUGGCAAUGCAUGUAAUGCAAGACGUUAUAAAAGAUAUUAAUCAUGGCCUUAGUGGACACAUGGUUGGUAAAUUAACAAAAUCGCAUGUUUGCUUUGUAUUGUUGGGAAUGUUUCUACCAUUACUACUGCAAUUCGAACAUGGACACGGACAUUGA